AAUUCACUUUUAGAUUUCACUGUUUCUAUUCGAUUUAAUCAUACAACUGUACAUCUUCCAUACUUAGGAGGAAAUGACCAAUUGCAGCCAGAAGGUCAGGAAGACCUACGAGAAGUGCUUAAAAAAACACUGGAGUUCUGCUUAUCUAGAGAGAAUCUUGCCAGUGACAUGUACCUUAUAUCACAGAUGGACAGUGAUCAGUAUGUGCCAAUAAUGACAGUAGCAAACCUUGAUCAUGUCAAGAAACUCAGUACUGAUAUGGAUUUGAUUGUGGAAGUGCUGAGAUCAUUGCCUUUAGUCCAAGUGGAUGAGAAGGGAGAGAAAGUCAGGCCAAAUCAGAAUCGUUGCAUUGUGAUUUUACGUGAAGUACCUGAAUCUACACCCAUUGAAGAGGUUGAAGCACUCUUCAGGGGAGAUAAUUUGCCUAAAUUUAUCAACUGUGAGUUUGCCUAUAAUGACAAUUGGUUCAUUACAUUUGAGUCAGAAGCUGAUGCACAGCAG